GUUUCAUUCUCUCUCUCUCUCUCUCUAUUCUACCGUACCAAACAUGAUAGCAGAGCAUGUGGUGUAUGUUUCUUUCUUAUGGAACUCAUUGUUAAGGCUCAGCACCUCCUUCUGCCUCCUCAUCUCUCAGCUUUUCUCAUCUAGACUGAUCAGGAAAAGCAUGGAAAGUGCUCUGUUGAGAAUGUUUCACUGUCAACUUGUCUUCACUUAUAUUCUCUUCUUCUGCCUUAAAACUUCCGGUAGCUACGGAGCCACUUUGCCUAAAGAUGAAGUGAAAGCACUGAGAGAUAUCGCUGCCACACUUGGGAAGAAGGGCUGGAAUUUUACAGGGGUUCCAUGCAGUAGGCAGUCCCCAUGGAUCACUGCAAAAGAGAAUAACGUCACUUGUGACUGCUCCUUCUCUGAUCACAGCGUCUGUCAUGUCGUCAGCAUCAUUCUGCAAGAGCAGUCCCUCCCGGGAACUCUCCCAUCACAACUGAUCAGACUCCCAUACCUUAAAAUCAUUGACCUCCAACGGAACUAUCUCAGCGGCAGAAUUCCUCCGACAUGGGGCUCCAUGGCCUAUCUACAAACCAUCACCUUAAGUGGAAACCGAUUAACUGGUCCUAUCCCAAAAGAGAUAGGAAACAUAUCCACACUUGUUGAACUACAGCUAGAGGACAAUCAGUUAUCAGGAGUCCUUCCUCUAGAACUCGGGAAUUUGUCUCAGCUACGACGGCUGCUCCUUACUUCUAACAACUUCACUGGACAGCUGCCGGAGACAUUUGUGAAUUUAAUAGCACUGCUUGAUGUUUGGCUUGGUGAUAACCGGUUCACAGGAAAGGUUCCUGACUUCAUUCGGAAUUGGUUACAUCUUGAAAGACUAUUCAUUCAAGCGAGUGGUUUUGAAGGGCCAAUUUGUGAAGGCAUCGGAGUUUUGCAGAAUCUGUCCGACUUGAGAAUUACUGACCUGAAUGGAUUGGCUGAAGCACGUUUUCCCAAACUUAACAGCAGAAAAUUCAAGAAACUGAUUCUGAGAAGUUGCAACUUCAUUGGACCGCUACCCCCUUAUCUCGGCGAGAUGAGCAUUUUGAGAGUCUUAGAUCUCAGCUUCAACAAAUUAGUUGGAGAAAUACCGAGGAGUUAUCGUAAUUUGCCUGAACUAGAAUAUAUGUAUCUCACCGGAAAUCAACUAAACGGAUCCAUAUCUGAUUGGGUUACUGAGAACAAUGUACACGCGGAUCUUUCCUAUAAUAACUUCAACGCUGAAGGACAUCAAUGCCAAGAGGGGCCUGUGAACUUAUUUGCAAACUCACCUGAAUCCAGAGCCAAUAAGUCUAUAAAUGAUGGUGACUUCUCUGGGAUAUUGUAUCCUCCUAACAGCAAAAUGAUUUCGUGUUUGGAAGCUUGCCAUGGACAAAGACAGCACAGCAUCUUCAUCAACUGUGGCGGAAAAGAAUUGACCAUAGGGUCCACAAAGUACGAUGACGAUAUAGUUAGUGUGACAUCAGCAAGCUUCGAUAGAGAUCUUUCGCAUAACUGGGCUAUUAGUAGCACUGGCAACUUCUUGGAUUUUGACGGGAUCCCCAUAUAUAUUGCACAAAAUACAUCGAGACUAUCAAUGGACAAUUCAGUGCUUUACAUGAGUGCACGAAUUUCUCCAAUCUCUUUAACUUACUAUGGAUUCUACUUGACGAAUGGAACAUACAAUGUAAGCCUCUAUUUCGCGGAGAUCGUGUUCACUGGUGACAGAAACUACAGCAGCCUCGGGAGGCGUUAUUUUGAUGUUUAUAUCCAGGGGAAGAUGGUGCUGAAGGAUUUCAAUAUUGAAGACGAAGCAGGUGGAGCUGGAAAGCUGACUAUAAAAAGUUUCAAUGCUAACGUUACUGGUGGCACUCUUGAGAUACGCUUGCAUUGGGCAGGGAGAGGGACUGUGGCUACGCCUGAAAGAGGAGUUUAUGGUCCUCUAAUAUCUGCUAUUUCUGCCGUAAACCGUGAUUAUAAAGAGCCAAGGCAUGGAAGUAGACUAUCUGUUGCUGUAGUCUCCGAAGUUGUAGCUGGAAUCACAGCUUUUAUUUUCCUGGUCAUUGGCAUUCUUUGGAGGAGCAGACGCCCUGGGCCAUUAUAUACAUCAGAAAGAGAGUUGCAGAAUGGUUCAUUUACCUUGAGACAUAUAAAAGCUGCCACGAACAAUUUCAGUGCUGCCAAUAAGAUCGGGGAAGGUGGUUUCGGCUGCGUAUACAAGGGCCUUUUGUCAGAUGGCACUGCCAUUGCUGUGAAGCAACUCUCAAACAAUUCAAAUCAAGGAAACCGUGAAUUCAUGAAUGAGAUUGCGAUGAUUUCUGCUCUUCAACACCCUCAUCUCGUAAAACUUUAUGGAUGUUGCAUUGAGAGGGAUCAGUUGUUGUUAGUUUAUGAGUACUUGGAAAAUAACAAUCUUGCCAGAGCUUUGUUUGGCCCAGAAGAAUUUCAAUUGAACUUGGACUGGUGGACGAGGCACAUGAUAUGUGUGGGUAUUGCACGGGGAUUGGCUUUUCUUCAUGAAGAAUCGAGGUUGAAGAUUGUACAUAGAGACAUCAAAGCAACCAAUAUACUACUCGACGAGAAUCUUAACCCCAAGAUUUCAGAUUUCGGCCUAGCGAAACUUUUUGAGGAUGAUAAUACUCAUAUUAGCACCAGAAUUGCGGGAACUUUUGGAUAUAUGGCACCAGAAUAUGCGAUGUAUGGUUAUCUUACUGACAAAGCAGACAUCUAUAGCUUUGGAAUUGUCGCCUUGGAAAUUGUUGCCGGCCGAGGGAACAGCAGUUACCGUCACAAAGGGGGGUGCCUUUAUCUUCUUGACUGGGCUCACGUUUUAAAUGCGAGAGGGACUUUGAUGGAUCUGAUGGACCGAAGGUUGGGCUCGGACUUUGAUAAAGAUCAGGUGAUGGUCAUGAUCCGUGUGGCUUUGUUGUGCACCAGUGUCUCUCCGUUAGUUAGACCCGCCAUGUCUUCGGUUGUAAGAAUGCUCGAAGGCGAUGAAGAAGCCCCAGAAAUAACCCCCGACAUUAGGUUCUCUCUCUGUGAAGAAGACAAAAUCGAAGCUAUGAGAAAGCAUUUCAUGGGAUGCGAGGGAGAAGGCGAACCUUCUAAAGUGAAUGCUGAGAGCCAUAACACUGAAGUGCCAGCUGCUUCUUCAGCGUCUGUUAAAGAUCUCUACCCGAUAUUCUGGAAUACCGAUACUCGGCAGAAUAGUGACUGAUCGAUGUCAUCACACAUAAGUACUUCCGUGUUACUUCGGUUUGUUAUGUGACUCAUGUCCCCAAAAUAUUGCAAUCUUCUUUUAUUUAGCCCUGAAAAGAAAGAAAUUUCGUGAAUGAACCGAGAUCGGCAUACAUAAUGGAAUUAUUACACAAGAAAAUACAAACAUGCACACAAA